AACUCUCGCAGUUGCACAUAUAUGGGGUGUACUCUACCAGACGUAGGACACUUCAUCAUCCUCACUCUCUGGAAGGAUUUCCUCCUCCACCAAAACAUGACUAUCCAGUGUACCAGGGAUGGCCAGUUUGUGGUGGUGGUUGCCAGGGAUGCCACUCUGCCCAACCUGGAGCUAGAUUCUAUCAGCCUGCUAGGGGGGAACGGAGCCCACUGCACCCCUGUCGGCAUCACUUCUGCUUUUGCCAUCUACCAAUUCAAAGUCACUGAAUGUGGAACUGUCAUGACGGAGGAACCUGGUACUAUUUUCUAUGAGAACAGGAUGUCCUCCUCAUAUAUAGUGGGGAUGGGACCCAUCGGCGCCAUCACCAGGGGCAGCCAAUUUAAUCUAAUAUUCCAGUGCAGAUAUAGCGGCAUUGUGAUUGAGGCUCUUGUGAUUGACGUGAAGCAGGUGCCUCCCCCAAUUCUUCUACCAGCUCCUGGACCCCUCAGAGUUGAGCUCAGACUGGCCAAUGGAAUAUGCCUCACCAAGGGAUGUAAGGAAGAGGAGGCGGCCUACACCUCUUACUACACGGAGGCAGACUACCCUAUCACCAAGUUCCUCAGGGAUCCUGUGUACGCUGAGGUUCGCAUCCUGGAGAGGACAGAUCCCAACAUUGUGCUGACCCUGGGUCGCUGCUGGGCCACCACAACCCCCGACCCUCUCAGCCUACCCCAGUGGAACCUUAUAAUUUAUGGAUGUCCAUACAAGGAUGACCGGUACCUGACCAUGCCCAUCCCUGUGGAAGCCUCCUCUGGUCUGUCCUUCCCAACCCACUACAGGCGCUUCGUCCUCAAGAUGUUCACCUUUGUGGAUCCGACAUCUAUGUCCCCCCUGAGGGAGAGGGUAUGA